CACGGCCGGGAUUGCAGCAGCCUUGCGGGGGGACGCGUCGCGCUUGCCGAUCGCCUCGACGAGCCGGGCAGGAGGACGCCGAGGGCGCGCGCAACAAGUGGCCCCUGGGGCGGCGAGGGAGCGCCCUAGAGAGGCACAGACUAGAGAGAGCCGCGCCAGCGCAGCCCAGCCCGCCCUGCAGCACCUAUCAAAGGUCUCCAGGGAUCUUCCCACCCACCCAAGCCAGGCCCCCUGUCUGGAUCGGUGAGCGCCUGGGCUGCCUUUGCCAAGCGGGACGCCCACGGGAGCCCUUCUCCUGCUUAGCCUUCUGCUUGGGUUAACCAGCCACCGGAGGAAAGCGGCGGCGGCGGCGGCUGCGGCAACUUCCAGUAUGACAGCUGAGAAGGAAAAAAAGAGGAGCAGUUCCGAAAGGAGGAAGGAGAAGUCAAGGGAUGCAGCAAGGUGUAGAAGAAGUAAAGAGACCGAAGUAUUCUAUGAGCUGGCCCAUGAACUUCCUUUGCCUCACAAUAUUAGUUCCCAUCUGGACAAGGCAUCUAUAAUGCGUCUUGCAAUCAGUUUCUUACGGACCCACAAACUGUUGUCUUCAGUAUGCACUGACAACAAGAAUGAAAUUGAGACUGAUCAACAGAUGGACAACUUGUAUCUAAAAGCUCUGGAGGGAUUUAUAACUGUGAUCACACAGGAUGGAGACAUGAUCUUCUUGUCAGAAAACAUCAGCAAGUACAUGGGCCUGACGCAGGUGGAGCUGACUGGACACAGCAUCUUUGACUUCACUCACCCAUGUGAUCAUGAGGAAAUUCGAGAAAAUCUGAGUUUGAAAAAUGGUCCUGGCUUCGGUAAAAAAAACAAAGAGCUGUCCAUGGAGCGUGACUUCUUUAUGAGAAUGAAAUGCACUGUUACCAAUCGAGGCAGAACUGUGAAUCUCAAAUCUGCCACGUGGAAGGUUCUACAUUGCACUGGACAAAUUAAGGUCUAUAAUACAUGCCCUCCUCAUGCUCUCUGUGGCUAUAAGGAACCUCUCUUAUCCUGCCUUGUAUUAAUGUGUGAGCCCAUUCAACACCCUUCCAACACUGAUAUCCCACUGGACAGCAAGACCUUCCUGAGCCGUCACAGCAUGGACAUGAAAUUCACCUAUUGUGAUGACAGGAUAACUGAAUUAGUUGGAUACCAUCCCGACGAGCUGCUGGGCCGUUCUGCAUAUGAAUUCUACCACGCAUUGGACUCCGAGAACAUGACCAAAAGUCAUCAGAACUUGUGUGCCAAAGGACAAGUGGUCACUGGACAAUACCGCAUGCUUGCCAAGCACGGUGGAUAUGUGUGGUUGGAGACCCAAGGCACGGUCAUCUACAAUACACGCAACCUGCAGCCUCAGUGCAUUAUCUGCGUCAACUAUGUCCUGAGUGAAAUUGAGGACAACGAUAUUGUGUUCUCCAUGGAUCAGACGGAAUCGCUGUUUAAGCCUCACAUGAUGGCAAUGAAUCCAGUCUUUGACAAUGGAGUCCCAGUGGCGGAGAAGAGUGAUUUCUUGUUCACCAAACUGAAAGAAGAACCAGAAGAGCUUGCCCAAUUGGCACCAACACCAGGCGAUGCUAUUAUAUCUCUUGACUUUGGGACGCAGAAGUUUGAGGAAAUCUCUACCUUCAACAAAGCUGUGAUGACCCCAAACAAGCAGUGGCCUCCGGAAAUGAAGAGCCAGCCUCCCGCAACAGAAAAACUGUGUGUGCCGUCGUUCACAUUGCCGCAGGUCGCACCCGGCAGCAGCACCCCCAGCGCAAGCAGCAACAGCAGCUGUUCUACACCCAGCAGCCCAGGAGACUACUACACUUCCUUGGAAGAAGACCUGAAGAUUGAGAUGAUUGAGAAACUUUUUGCCAUGGACACAGAUGCCAAGAACCAGUGCAGCUCACAGACUGAUUUCAAUGAGCUAGACCUGGAAACUUUGGCUCCUUACAUUCCCAUGGAUGGGGAAGAUUUCCAGCUCAGCCCCAUCUGCCAAGAGGAACGCCCUCUCUCGGAAAGUGCCCAACUCACCCAGCAGAGCUUGAGUAACAUGAGCAACCUCUUCCAGCCCCUGGCUCCUCCCUCGCAGAGCCAGUUCCUCCCAGAGAAGUACUGCCAGCCGGUGUCUAACAAAAACGUGAACAUGAGCCAGGGGCCUGUGCCGCCAGCAUUCUUCAGCAACGGAAGGCAAUCCGCAUCCUUGUUGCCCUACUACGCACAAGCCAGCACUCCGCUGUCUUCAAUGGGUGGAAGACCAAACACGCAGUGGCCACCUGACCCACCAUUACCAUACAUCUCUUCAAAGUGGAGGCUGGCAGGCAAUAAGUGCUCUGGGUCCUUACCUAGCUCCCCAUCAGGACCACCACUGCAUUUGGCUAAUAUGAAUUUGUAUAAGCAAAGGUCACUGGAGAGCCUUGGACAGAGGGGCACAGAAUGUGCCCUGCACGAUCUCAACCCUGAUCUCAGCCCUGCACGAAUGGCUCUCGCCAACAGUCUGAAGCUGAAGCGGCAGCUGGACUACGAGGAGCAAGGGUUCCAGCACCCAAACGGGACGCAGGUAGACGCAUCUGGCAUUAACCCAACGCACUUAAUGUGGAAGAGGAUGAAAAUCCUGAGAGGUGAAAAUUGUGCAUUGCUCACAGAGAAGAAGUCGCUCAGCACAAGUGUCCUUAAUGAUGAAUUUCUUUGUAACCCACAAAGAGGCUCAGGCCAGCUAAUGAAUAUGGUGCAGCGGCGGCGGCAGUCUCAGCAACUACCCCCCUCCUCUGGAAACCCUGCCAAUAACCCCAAAGCUGUGUUCUCACCGCACUUUUACAGUCCUCCAUAUCAGGACUUCAAUGUGCCGCAAGCUCAUAGGAUGUCAGGAGUGACGAGUCGUCUGCUUGGCCCAUCUUCUGAAUCUUAUUUGUUGCCAGAAUUGACCCGAUAUGACUGUGAGGUUAACGUCCCGGUUCCUGGCAGUUCGACGCUUCUGCAGGGAAGUGAAUUGCUUCGAGCCCUCGACCAGGCGACCUGAGUCAAUCUGCAGCAUUCUCUGGCUUAUACUGUUCAAAGCAGCUGCAGUUUUUAAAUCUAUUUUUUCAAGUAGACAAUUUCUAAUACUGAUUACACUUUUACAAGAUUUUACUUACCUGUUGAACUUGCCCACGUUACCAAAUAGUGGCCUUUUUUGUGAAGUUACUUACUUUCUUAUUCGUAUUAAAAGAAAUAUGCAUCUACUGUAUGUUUUCCCACCUCUUAUUUUGCUAAAAUGUUCCUUAGAAAGUUUAUAUUAUAUGAUUCCCCUUUACUGUGUGUAAUUUAUAUGUUCUGAAACUUCCUCAUUAUUCAUGCUAAUAACAAGCUGUGGUGAGCGGAUGCCUCUAUGUAAUACUUUGGCUCCAUUAUUGCAAAGACUAUUUUUAUUGCCAAAGAUAAGUAAAAUAAACCUAUCUUUUCCCCUAA